AUGGCCCGCCUCGCCGCCCUGGCGGCCGGCGCGGGAGCGCUGGCGGGGCGGGGCCUCGCCGCCGCCGAGAAGCUGCCGCUGUGCGACGAGGCCAUCGUGAAGGAGACCUGCCAGCUCAUCGGCGACGGGGACACCACGUCGAGGUCCGACUUGGAGGAUCAGGGACUCACCUCGGCCACCCCCGAGCAGUGUGAAGCCCUGUGGCGCGCGUUCGGCUACUCCGAGGACCGCGUGGACUGCACGUCUCUCUGCUACACAGUCGUGGGCUUCCUCAGCCAGAGUGGCGAGAUGCCGGCGCAGAGCGACACCGCCUGCUACGAGGUGGACGGACGGCAACAUCCGGUGCGACAUGGACAUCGGCCAGGGAGCGGGUGCCGGAGAGGGCGGCCCAGACGGCAGCGACGGCGGGGGCGAGGGAGACGGCCGCCCCCAUGGGCCGCACGAGCACGGCCACAAGAACACGCACACCGACGGCCACGACCUGGCCAUCGACUACGACACGCACGAGCUGUCACUCAAGGUGGCGAAUUUGUUCCGCAUCUUCCCGGCCCCAAACCCGUCAUUCGGCGUGAGGCGGUCUGCUGCUGGGGGCGAGGAGGCGGGCGCCGUCGCGAGGAGGCUGCCCGCCAGCGAGAGCUUCGAGACCGCCGUGGCGGAGGCCUCCGCGGGGGCGAUCGCGGACAUCGCGCACGCCAUCCGGCACGUCCGGGACCCGCGCACGGAGAAGUACAUGGUCAAGUGGUUCGGCCCGAAUUCGCCCAAGCAUCCCUUCACCAGGAAGAGAUCCUCCGCAUCCUCAAUUCCGUCACGCACGUGCUGGCGAAUGCGAACUACAUCCACGAUCAUUCGCCCGAUGGCUGCGAUGAGGACACAUACGCGUUUGUCAUGCCUGACCCCGAUCGUGAUGCGAGGGAUGAGAACGGAAAGUUCAAGGUGUUUUUGUGCGAUUUGUUCAUGGCGAAAAAGAAGGAAAGGCGUGAGACACUCACUCACGAGGCCUCGCACCAUGGGACAGCUUUCACCGACGACGUGUGUGCGAAAUCUGUCAUGCAUUACCACAAAUCGAAACGGAACCUGAAAGUACUCAAAGUCAAGUCUGAACUAGAUGACCCCGACGUCGGGUACGGUGACGAAGUACCGGUUCACUGGGAUGGGAAAGUGUGGGAUGCCACCGUGUUGCAGAUCCGCGACCACGACGAAGUGGUUCUGAACGUGGAGCCCGAAGAGGAGUGUGAGGAGCUGGCGUAUGGGCGCAGCGAGUGCAUGUCGUUGGCAAGGAAGGCGCCCCUCAAGGCCCUCCGGAACGCGGACAGCUUCUGUUUCUUCAUCCAGGACUUGGCCACCAAUGUCGACUAG